UCCAUCAUGCUUUUCUAGACAGUAGCUGACGAAUACAGCAAACGUUGUAGCAGCAUACACACACACACACACACACACGCACACACACACGCGCGCGCCUCAGCAUGAACAUGUAGAUAUUUUGGAUGUAAAAGUAAUGUUGUUAGAAUUCUUCAUUUGACACACACACACACACGCACCCUCAUCCCCAGUUAAUAAAAAGUUAUGACAUGAUGGUUUGUGCUGCUUUUGCUUCUUUUAUGACGUCAUUCCAAACUACGUGUGUCUCGGCGCUGCCGUGGCGACCCAGCAUGCACUCAUCUGUUAUGAUCGCCAUUCGUCACACCCAUGUUAGCCCCGCCCCUUUCAGUCACAGCCCACCCACCUGCCGCUCACUCAGAUGUGGCGGGAAGGAAGACCUCCAUCUUGGAUGUGAAGAUGCUAUCCAUCCAUAUCACAGUAGUAUGUUGGUAUGAAUCCUAAUAUGAUACAUACACGAUAUGAUUAUUAAAAUACUCUAAUGUCAGUCUGAAUAAAAACAUUUACUGUACCAGCCAAAAGUUGAUUUAUUGUGUAAUAUCAUCUUGUUCUCUGGAGGGAGCUAAUGAGCCAAAUCUUUUCUCUUGCCAGACCCAAGAAGUGCUGAUAAAUAAUUAAAAAUCAUGAUGGAUUUAGAUUGGAAAAGAUUUGAUCUCACUUUUAAAAUAAUCUUUACGAUACGAAGAUGAAAACACAUUCCAAAAAUGUUCUGAAUUGUUUUUUAAAAUGCUCCACUUAGCAAUACGGCAACUUGUAACCUUUUAUUCUCCGCUGGAGGGCGCCAGAUUGGCAUUUCCCGAGGAAAAAACACAUUUUAUUAUACCAGUGUCGACAAUACGUAAUAAAUAUUUACCAUUAGGGAUGUAACGAUUCCGUCACUAUAUCGAGGCAACAAUUUAUAUUCCUACGGUUCAACUACAUCGAUCUGGGUUCGCAAGUUUCCAUUCAGGACGACAUACUGUAUAUAUCGAUCUAGCGUCGUUUAAAAGGUAAUCAAUCGAUUGAAUCGAUACUAGGAAAUGAAGCAUUGGAUUUAAGCACGGCAGGCUUUAUAAUGGUGUGUGUGUUGGUUUUAGCACUUUUAAUGAUAAAGACGUUAAACGAUCCAGUUUGCUUGUGGGUGACGUCAUCGUCUUCCGGGUAGGUGGUGGUCAUGGGAGUUGUAGUUGACCUGUGAAACAGUUGAUUCGCUGCUUCUUCUUUUGGUCAGUUCAUUCACUUUAUUCCGCAUUCACCGUUGACUAAUCCGGUCUUAUUUUAAAACAACUUUUAAGUGACGUUUAUGGGGAGUUAUGGGUAGUUUACGGUGCACUAGCAGCGAGGCUUAGUGACGUCAUCAUCCAGCGCGGCGGUUCCAGGUGAAAACUAUCUAAGAAUGAUACAAACACAAUCCCCGCAUUGUUUUUGAUAGUGAAAUGUAAAUCAAAAGUAUGUAUGGAGUGCAAAAGUAUAGAGAACGUAGAACACAUAUUACUACACUGCAAGAGAUAUAGGGAAGAACGUGUAACGUUAAGGAAAAGAAUUAAGAAGAUAGGAAGGGAAUGGAGCAUUGAGGGUAUCUUAGGAACAGGUGGGGAGGGGGUAAGAGAUAUACAGAGGGCAGUGAUAGAAUAUUUGAAGGACACAGGAUUAUAUCAUAGAAUAUAGAUAAGUAUUAGAAUAUUUUAGUAUAAGUAUUAUUAUUAGGAUUAUUAUUAGUAGUAGUAUAAGUAGUCUCCUCACUAUCUAAGAUAGCAUAAAGUAAGAUACUGUAUAUGGCCCAUGUUACAUACUCCGGUACAGUAGGUGGCGGUAUGCACCUUUUCAAGUCAUGGUUGCAACCCGCCAUUAAACUAGAAGAAGAAGAAGAAGAAUCCCCGCAUUUUCAAACUCAUAGAUCGGAGCUCCAGGACAAGCUAAGAGGCCAGGUGGCGCCAUGGCGUCCCGGCUGCUGGACCGCUUGAAGCGCUCGCUCUUCAAAGAAGGCCAAGGGGCGGGGCCUGAGCAGGAAGCUGCCGGUGGAGCAGCAGCAGGGGCAUGGAGCGAGGACCACUGGGAGGCGGAGCUAGAGGAGGAGGAAGAGGGCGUGACGGAGCGACUAGGCGGCACUCUCUCCUUCGACAGCCGUGGAGAGGCGGAGGAUGGAGCGGAAGGGGAGGGGUCGGGGCUGGACAGCGACUCGGACUUCCUGGAGUCCUUAGAGGAGGGGCUUAGCAGCACAGAUGCCAGUCCUGUCGGCCCCUCCCCCUCCGGCCUGCUGACUCGGCAGCUUCAGGACAGCUGGCGGAGCCUGCGUGGGCUAGGCGGAGGAAGCCCCGCCCCCAAGAUGCAGCGCCAGGCGGACACGUUGUCUUUUGAGGUGACGGACGCCAGCGUGGUCCAGGACGGCUCCUCAAAGUACGUGCUCUACACCAUCCACGUCAUCCAGUCCGGAGGCAGCGACAAGACUCCGGCCGUCAUCACCCGCCGAUAUUCCGAUUUCCGGCGCCUGCACGCCACCCUGCGCCGUCACCACAGAGGCCAGAUGGAGCGUGUCGUCUUCCCACGAAAGAAGCUGCGCAGGAACUUCACGGCCGAGACCAUCGCCAAGCGGAGCCGCGCCUUCGAACAGUACUUGUCUCAUCUGUGCUCCCUCUCUGGCCUGGAGGGGGCGCCGUGCGUGCGUCAGUUCUUCUACCUGUCCGACCUGCAGACUGCACAGCUGCUCAUCAGGGUGGGGCGUUACCAGGAUGCGUUAGGUCCGCUGCUUAACGCCAAGAGGCUUCAAGACAAACUAGGCGGGGUCGUCUACUGCCAUUCUGAUGGCCUGGCCCCACCUCUGGGCUCCUCCCAUUGGUUGUUCACGCUGGUGGGACUGUCCUGCUGUUUCCAGGAAGUGGACCAGCUGGAGGAGGCCCGAGAUCACAUAGGCUGCGCCCUCCGAGUUCUGACGCCCCCAGAGGAGAAGCCACUCCCACCACAGACGCAUCUGGACAGGCCCCACCCUCUCCUGCUGCCGCUCUUACGGGCCGGCGUGCGCCUGUGCUGGCAGACAGGAAGAGACAAGCGGCGGUGGGAGGAGCUGUUGCGUGUGCGGGAGGAGCAGUGGGCGGGGCUUGAGGGUCAGCCAACUAUCAAGGAGUUUCUGGUCAAAUGUAACCUGCAUGAGAGCCAGGAGCAGGGCUAGACGACCACACACGUGCACGCGCAUCAUGUAUAAACAUGGUAGUAGCACAACACUCCGCGUAUAUGCACAUUUUUAAACAGGGCAUUCCCGUUAUUACAAGAUAACUGUAAUUGAUUGUUAUUACUAGAGGUUAUUUUUAGACUAUUUUGAAGACAGGUAAAGCUAAAUAUAUUGUAUGGGAUAUUACACUUGACGAACGGAAUGAGCAGUAGUUAUUUCAUGUGUAGUCAUAGAAAACCUAUUUUUAUUGUGUGAAAUAUAUUCCUAUUCAUCUUUAGUGUGUGUUGCUUCAUGAAACUUGCUGCUUGUGUGGCAUUGGAGUGGAUGUGGUUGCCACGGAGACCAGGGGCAGGCUGGAUGAGGGACGAAAAUAGACUUUUGAGUUACGGGAACACGUGACCGUGUCAUCACGUCACUUUUACGUUUAUGUUCUGCUUUUUGGUUUGUUCCAGUGCUCCAUUUCUGAGUUGUUGUUGUGGUUGCCACGGCGACACGCUUAAAGAAGCAUGUUUGAAACCCCAAUUGAGGCGUACAGUAUGUGCCGUGUGUUUAUUUGUCUCUAGCGCCACACUGUGGUCACUUUGUUGUCGAUGGGAAUGUCUUGUGUGGAGACGUUGUUGGUGUCAUGUUCUGCUGCAGACAGAGUGACCUGCGUAUUGAAGAUCUGCAUGUUGCGAAUCACUGCUCUCAAAAAGGUAGAAGACGGCAACGAAUGUCAACGUCUGAUUUUAAGUUUGACAACGGUGUGGUUUGGUUUCAUGCGUUUUUCUGUCUCAGAUGGAACGGAGCGUCUUCCCUUGGAGCUGCCAGCUUGUCAUGUCACGUGGUCACCAUCGUAGGCGCAUGCGUGACCGACGGACGUGGUGCAUGCUGGGGGAAAGUUGACUGUGGCGGUAAAUAUGCCCUUGACUGAAACGUCACCAUGGCGACAGCGAAGAGCCCAGUUGCCCUAGAAACAGCCGUUGCCCUGGCAACAGGAGGAGAGCUGUGAAGCAGAGACGAACACGCUGGUUUGGACACGCUAAAUCCACAGCAAAAUAGACCUUUGAGCUCCCGAACUGUCAUCAAAACAGUGAGAGCGUGUAGAAAUGUGACCCUUCGCUGUUGCCAUGCUCACAACAGAAGUACCCGAAAACUACUAAACACAAGUCUUUGCCAAGGGUGAACGUAAAUGACGCAUGAGGCGUGUCAAAAUUAGCAGGCUACUCCCUGAUUUGAUUCGUACGUGUUUAUUUUAGUACUUCCUGUAGCUGAGUAGAUUAACAAAUGUAGGCGGUUGCAAAAGUGUGCUUAAACAAAAAAGAAAAAAAAUGUCAUUGUGCUGCACACACUUUACUGGGUGUCAUUACGCAAUCCACACCGGAAACGCGAUCGGUUCUGCGCAUGCGCGCGGCACACAUCACUACUUUUGCAAAUUUUUCCAACAGCUCUUCUGCGACGUCACGUGUUGUGGUAGUUAUUCUUUAAAACCUAUGAACAUGAAUGGUAUAUAACCAUACUUUAUAUAUGUAAUAUGUUGGGGGUUAUUUUAGACCUUGUUAGCAUGCGGACGUUUCUGUCGUCUUUAUUACCCAAGAUUGAGCUACGUAAAAAUCUAUGCCAUGCACAUAAAUGUCAUAUCCGGUUAUGUAUAACAUACAUGAAAAGUACAAUAAAAGCACCUAAAAUACAGUGAUAUUUGAAUAUAAACAUCCAUAAGCAGAGUGCAAUGAUGGAUUAAUCUAGAUUAAUCUAAUUCAGCUAGAGUUUUUUUUUUUUUUUCUAAACGGAGAUGCCGUCCAUCCAAACAUAUCUUGCUAGCAAAUGCUGGCUAUUUUUUCUGUGAGGAAAAUAAGUCAUUUAUAGAACCAAGGAAAAAGGACUUAUAAUUUAUCCACUUGCACCAUGGAUACAAGGAAAAACAAAAGAUUGAUUAUGUAAGUAGGCCGAGCGGAUGUAGACGCGUUCUGCACAUGCGUAGAACCCACUGCGUUUCCGGUACGGAUUGCGUAAUGUGUAAUGACACUGACAGGCAUGUUCACUUCUUCCCUGUCCGGCUGUAACAUGACGCCUCGCUUCCUGUUUCAUGAUGACUUCUUCAGCAACCAGGAAGUGCAAACGCUUGCUGUUCACCAGCGAGACUUGACUCCAAAGUUAGCUUUCCUGAGUGUUGUUGAAGGUGCUCCCCAACAAUUAAACUAAUGAGACAGACGCCGCCUCCUGAUUGGACAGGAAGCAACACGUUGGAAUGUCAGUGAACUCGAUGAGAUGGUUGGGAGGUCACAUGCUCGGUGCAGCUUAUUGCUCACUGUCAGCACAAACGUCAACAAACACAUCACCUAGCGUGGAAAAGUGAGGAACACAGUACUGUGUAUAUAAAAAUAAUUAUCAAAUAUACCAGAUUGUCCACAAACAAAAGUUACACAUCUUUGGUGACUAAACUCUACAAAGACUUGAGUGGAAAAGACUUCCUGUGGCACACACGCACAUAGAAUGGCACAAACAUCUCCACACACGUUCUUGCAGAGAGUUCUACCCAUCAUGUUACGACACUUACGUGUGGAAUAUUAUUCGUAUUUUCCACUGAGGCGUUAGAGAGAAUCAUUUGUUUAUGAUUUUGUACUAAAUACCACAAAGGCCGCUAGCCAUUCCCCAGCAUUCCAGUAUUGUGCUGGAAUGCUGGUCUUGGCAUGUUUCAAAUUGGAUCGUUGGUCAGAACUCUUUGUAAGAAAGUGGGCCGUUGUGGACCUGAAAGUAAGCUGAAGUUCUUCUGGUCCUCGGGUGGUGCUGCAGUGUCAGUCUGGCAUGGUUUUGACGAGGUCUGAGCUUCACAAUUCUGCAGAGAUGUUUCACUCUGCUCACAUCAAUGUUCAGGUGGUCUGGUCUCCACAGCUCCACUUAGACAUUUUUAGGUAUUGCAGGUUCUCCCCUCAGAGGAGCUUAGAAGUGCUGUAAUGUUCUUCGCACUCUGACGGGAACAGAACCUCAGUUGGGUAUUUCAUGUUCAGAAACCUGAGGUCAAAGUGAACCUCCCAAUAUUGCAGACUCAUCAGUGCUAAGCACCUCCCAGACGUCAGCAACCUCCUUGAGCAUCUAAUUUUGGUUCUGCAGCUUCUUAAGCCCUAUCCACACGGAAACGUCUUCAGGUCAAAACAGCAAAGUAUUUUAUCGUUUCAGGCUUCCAUCCACAGGGGAACGCCAUUCUGGGUGACCUGGAACGUUUUUUUUUUAAAUGGCUUCCAGAGAGGGAAAAUCUGAGAAAGCCGACUUGUCGUUGCUGCGUAUACAGGCAAUACGAAAACGAUGAUGUCACCGACUCACCGCCGCCUCGGUGCCGUCACGUGAGCAGAAGUGAGCUUUGGUGACAAACCAACAUAAUAUCUGAAUAUAUUUAAGCAUCACCCCAGUCGACAUUCUCGUCAGAUUGUGUUGUCUUAGACUCGCAGUAAGUCUUGAAAGAUGACAGACUUUAAGCGCAUGCGUUCUUUCUUCUUCUGUGGUUUGGUGUGUCCCGUGGUUCCGCCCGCGUGCUUGUGUAUUACAUCAUUUUCACUCAGUGAUUCGUUCUGGACGCAACAAUUUACUAAUCCGGCACAGUAUGGACAGGACUUUUUUUUCAACCCGCCAAAAAAAAAAUCUCAGUCACGUUCCCGUGUCGACAGGGCCUUAAAGAACAUGAAUGGUCCUUGGAAGGUAUUGCUUGAUUCUCCAACUUCUGUUGAUUUGGUGCCAAAAACAAAUGAAAAAAGCCUAGUUGGACCACUCCUGGAAUAACGACCUUUCGGUAUUGAAGUUGACUGCAGAGCUCACUGUUGGCUCACCUGAGCAGCAGUAACCACAGCCCCCUCAGACCGUAGUAACUGAGAGUAGAGGGCUGGGACACAGCUGAGUGUCGGCCUCCACUCUGGUCCCGUGAGUCAGGAGCUCCUCGACCGUGGUCCAAUCAUCGAGCAGCUUGCUGUUCCUCAGCCGGUUCUGCUUCCUGUGGCUGAGCUCCAGAACCAUUUGGGAAGACAGCGACCCCUGACCUCCACUCGCCGCGUCCUCACCCCCACGGCGCUCUCGGUGUUGCCGCGACAAUGCAAGGUGACGUCUCCUUUCAGUCCGGUUCCAGUACCUGCCGGCCCACGGCCCAUCCUCCCCUUCGUUGUCCCCCGGUCUCUCCAUAUCGCCCCGCAUCUCUUCGUCCGUAGUGACCUCGCUGCGCUCCCGGGCCAGCCGGUAUGCUCGGGCCCGGAGUAGCUGGUUCCUGACUGACUUCUGAUUAGACUGUCGGGAGCGGGGGGAGGGCGGAGACCGGGGGCUCAUGUGCACCCCCAGUGUGCUGUAAUAAGGACCAGCAGAAUCUUUUUGGAUGCUGGUUCUAUUCCCCAGAGUCUGAAAACCGCGCCAGUCUGUCGGAGUGCUAGGAAGCAUCCCAUGUCUUCUCAAGUCUUCCUCCCUUCUGCGGCCCAUGCUCUGGCAGGUUCUGGUUGUGUUCUGGUGACCUGUCAGGCUGGUUCUAUCUAUGUUGAGGUGAGCAGAAGGCGGACAAUUGGUAGGAUAACUGGCCCGGCUCCUGGGACCCAGUGUGUUGCUGGAUGGACGUGGUUGGCUGCUGUGGACCUGCUUCCUCACGGUGUCUGUUUCCAUGUCCACAGGGUGGCUUGCCCUGCGGCGCUGCUGGGCCUCGGUUAGAUCCGUUACUGUUCGACUUCUUCCUGGCGCCUCGAUGGUACCGCCCCCUCGUCCCUGACGCUGCUCCAGCCAUAGUGCCCUGCGCUGGCAGGGCUCUGUACGGCAACCUAGCGGAAGAGAAGAAUCAUCAGGCCGGCUGUGGUUCUGGUUGGACCACAAGAAGAAGCACCGAGUCUUCAUACAAAUGGUGUCCACCAUCUUUAAAGGUACAGGAUCGGUACCGGUUGGUUCUAUCUGUUUUGUUUUUUUCCGUACCCUUUCUUUUAGGGCACUGGUGGACUGAUCAGAACCAUGGUGAAUGGAACUGGUCUGCUUGGUGGAAACAGAAUGUGGGCCAAAGAUAAAAGCUACCCCACUACUGCACUUGGAACCCCCAAAGAAGAGUGACAAAAAGUGUUAUGGGACAAAAAUGCUGAUAACUUCAUAACAAACUGGACCGCUGUGCUUCAGUUGACCCCCAUGGCGAAGGUUUACUCACCAGCAGAGGGAGAGGGUGGCGAGCGGUUGCGAGGCAAAGUCGGACUCCUCUCAGCUCGGUGGAAGUGCACCGUGGUGGUAGUGCUGUUUCCCACCGUGCAGUGGGAUGACUGCGGCGCACCCCCCACGUGGCUCAUGGGAGUGGUCUCAGGGAUGGACUCCAAAUCCCAGCGUCCCCUCUGCUCCCGGGGGGAGUGGCCUGAGCGCAAUUGGUGUGCGUGUCUGUGGAUCUUGUGGAAACACCUGUGCUCUCCGGUGCUGACGCUGUGGAAGCCAGAGUCGCUGGGUUCUGAGGAGAUAAGCGACUCGGAAGAGGAGGAAGAGCCUUGCGAGGAAGGGGUGUGGCCGGGUAGCGACGACAUGGCAUCCGUCUCAGCUUCGGAGAGCGCCACCCGUUGAUGAGGGCUAUCUGGGCCGCAUCCCAGGCCGCUGUCCAACUCGCUGAGGGGUAGGUAUCCCAGAGGACGCCAGGGAGGGCGGUAGUCAGACUGAAGGGAAGAACAUUUAUUCAUGAGCCACUUGGUGACAUCCACAUUCUGGAAUGCGAAGUCCUACCUGCUUGGAGAAAUUCUUGUGCUCCAUUUGCUCAGAGUUGUAGCAGCCAAGCAGACAGCUCUCUGAGUUGGGCUGAUACGCCGACAUUUCAGGAGCCUGACCAAACACAACAUUUUAAUUGUAAUACAAACGCUUUAGAUCACAGGUACAAACGGACAAAAUUAGUUAGAGAUCAGGUGACAAGCACUGUCAUCCGGGAGAAAAACGGAGUAGAACCGCUGCCACUCCACAUUGAGAGGAGGCAGAUGAGGUGGCUCGAGCAUCUGGUCAGGAUGCCUCCCAGACGCCUUCCCUGGGGAGGUGUUCAGGGCACAUUCGACCGGUAGGGAGGCCUCAGGGAAGACUCAGGACACUUUGGAGAGACCAUGUCUCUCAACUGGCCGGGGAACGCCUCGGGAUCCGCCGGAAGGAGCUGGAAGAAGUCGGCUAGGAGAGAGAAGUCUCUGCUUCCCUUCUUAGGCUGCUGCACCCGUGACCCGACCUCGGAUAAGCGGAAGACGAUGGAUGGAUGGAUGGAUGGAUGGAUAAUACAAAAGCUGUUAUGACUUAUCAUUUGCUCACCUGGCAGUCCAGACGGUCCAGGUGGUCCAAACUAUAUGAGACACUGGGCAGGUAGUUGGAACCAUGAUGGUGUUGGCUGGUGGGGUAGGUGUCAGGUGACAUCAUCACGGUGUUGGCGGCAUACACGUUGGACGCCAUGUUGUCAUAAAAGUGUCUGAGAGGACGACAGCCACUGAUUAGCAUCAUCAACUGCGUUCAAGAGUCCAAAUGUUCAUGUGGUCCUCAUGAAUAUUCAUUGUCUUCAAGUUGCACGGGCAGCUGUCGCAGCAGUUGCCUCAUGAAUAUUCACGAGGGAACCGAGUGGCGCCGUGCAGCUUCUUAUGACCUUGGUGAUAAGGGAACUAACAAGUACUGAGUGUAUUCUACUGUACUUCCUGAACAAGCUUUUUCCAGAAAUCAAUAUUUGUUGGACAUUUUUCCAGCCUUUUCGGUCUCUAACUACACUAACCAUGGCAACCUAUGACCCCUCACCCGUCGUUGUAGCCCCCUGCUCGGCCCUCCUCCGGCUCCAUCAGUCCCAUGGCUCUCAGCGCCUCCCAGUGUCUCUCUGAGGGGGUCCUGCUGUGCUCCACACGCCGCCUCCUGUGGCCUCGUCCCCUCCUGCCUUCCACCUGCAUGCUGAUUGGCUGGCCGUAUUGGUCGACGAAGCGUUGCUCGUCCCGGUGCCUGUGACGGGAAGGCUGGCGAGCCUGCAGAGCGUGACGACACACAUCCAUAACGUAACUCUGUAAGGACAUUUUUAGCCAGUUCGGCGAAGGAAGAAAGUCCUCGGCAGCUAGCAGUCGGCUAAGCAAGCAUCAAAUGUUAUUGGAAGAAAAAAAAAAAACAAGCUAACUCGGCAACACAAAUUAUAGCAUGUGCUAUGGUGUAAAAUGAUAAGACUGUGGGCGGGGGGGAAAUCCUCACAGUUCUUGAGGUUCUGUUGUGUCCCACAAAGAACAAAAUGUCCUCAGUGCAAGCGCUAGUGCAUAGGAAUGCACCUGCCCGGUUGCCAGGCGACAAGAUACACAUCUUGUUUGCAUUACAGCCUCUCCUCCCAAGUGGGUCGACAUCGAAGAAGCCCCCCAAGGGCUCGUCUGUCGUCUUUGUUUGGUGAUGCUGGCGUUACCACGGCGACGGCGCAGCGCAGCCCUAAAAACAGCAAAAGUUGAGUUGUCGACAAGCUACUGAGGACUCUCACGGGAUGCAGGGGAGCAGCCCUCGUUAACCCGGCCCGACUCUUCACUCUCGCUGUUCAACGCCUCGGGAUGCACGUGCACAGGCACACACGCGCACACACACACACACACACACACACACACACAGGAGAGAGCGCGUGCAUGACGAUGCUCCCUGGAGAAGAGCGUUGCGCUCCAGUGCACUUUGACAUUAACACAAACUGAUUUAAGUCUCGCUUUGUCCUUUUUGGCUUUCACUCAUUUGUUACCACUUUCUGGCACACACACACACACACACAAACACACACCAUAACACAGUCAAGUACACAAUGACACUAACAUGACACGUCAUUUUACUCACUUUUCCUCCUCGGAGCUUUUAUCACAAGGUUACGACAGUCAAACUCUACAGUCGGGUCGAACCAAGAUACGCCUCUAAAGUCACACCAUAGUUCAGAGGUCAAACUGUCAUGCGACACCUCACCAGAGCUUAGUUCAGUGAGCAUGGAAGGACUGACAGGAAGGAUUAACAGCGUCACCAUACUAGUCCCUUGUCAGCAAAGUUAACAUAUCCACUGCUUCAGUUCUGUUGACACUUAAGAAUGACGUAAAACAUUUCUUGUACACUUACUGAAGCUUUUAUGAUGGUCACAGUUUGACCCUGGCGCAGGUUAUUCCUUUUGACACCAUUAUCAACAGUGCUUAACGUCUUUUACGCUUGUGUGAUGGUUAACUCAUUCAGUCCCAGCCAUUUUUCAAAAUUCAACCCCUUCAGUACCGGCCGUUUUAGACGAUUUUGACUUUUUCAUCAGAAAAAGAAAAGUUUAUUUCUACCUUUUUCCCGUUCGAACAUAGGCAAAUUUCAGAAAAAUAUCAGUUCCCGACAAGAAAAGGGACAAAAGCACCUUUUUGUGAAAAGAAGUCAUGCUUUUACCACAACAUAAACAACACAAAAUGGGUUGUUUUAUGUCAAAAUAGCAAAUUAUUUACAAAUAUAACACUACAAACUAUUUACAGUUGGAACUAAACCGGGCGUGUGCAUGCGAUAAAAUUUCCCUUCAAUGUGUAACCUUCUGCAUGCUACACUCCUCCACGCUCUCUCGCUUCCUCCUUCCUGUCAUGUGUGAUUCUUACCGUUCACAUGAUCCAUGCCGAGCGCUUAUCAAAUGCACUUUUGCCACCUUGUGGCUGUUCUUACGGCUGAAAACCGCAUGGAACGUGACCUCUUUUAUUGUGCACUCGCCUCAUCACCUCUUUUUGCCUCUCAGGCAAAAACGUCUUUGGGAGCGAGCCUUUGGGUUAAAAAAAGAAAAAAAAGUACAGUAUAUAUACGUCUUUGGUAUUGAAUGAGUAAAGAAAGUAAAAAUGUGACUUCAGACGUUACCUGUACACUUAGUAAAGCUUUUAUGAUGGUCACAGUUUGACCCUGGAACAGAUUACACUUAUCCAGUGACAGUGAAUUUCGCGGCUUUGUUUUCUCGCAGCUUUUCAAAGUAUGUUAUUUAGAAAAUCAUCAAUGUUUUGUGAAUCAAUAAAGCCUAUUAUUAGUAAAAACGUGCAUAUUUUUAAAAAUGUAAGCAUUUUCAGGUUUAAAAAUGACAAAAUAAAGUUAAAUACAAAUUUAAGGCAUUCAAAAAAACGCAUUGAAAAACACGUUGUGAUGUGUAGUAUUCUACACUGGUCACUAGGUGUCAGUAAUGUUACAUUGGCGAACAGCAAUACAGUGCUGGAAACAAACGGAAGUAAAAAAAAAAAGAAAACGACAAGGAGCCCUUCCCAAUGCUAACGUGUGAGUCCAUUAUGUCUUGUUUUCUCUUAUUAUGUGUACUAUAUUGGGUAAUAGGUGUGUUAUUUCACGUCUACAGGGCUCUAAUAACGUUUUUUUUUUUUUUUUAAACCUUCAGGUCAUAACGGAUGUCUGUGAUCUAACUACGGAAAUAUUCCUCAGGUUAUUU